AAUGUGGUGUUCUCUGAUUGGCUCUCUGACAGGAAGUCAGAAUACAGUUCACUCUCAGGGACAAUGCGAAAUAUGUACUGUAAUUUCUCCUAAACGUUGUUGAAUGUCUGUGUUCGCUGCUCCGGUUUUAAAUGGAAUAUAACAUUGUGUUCACUACAUGCGCACAGUUUGCUCUGAUGUGUUUGAUCGGGCUGAAGGCAGCGGAGCCGGCAGAUGAUGGAGGCGGCUGGUCAUUAAAGUCAGAUUUCAGAUUACAGGACGAGGGUCCCUGUAACAUCGAUGUGUUCGACGGCUCUUCACUCUCUUAUCGGCAGUUCAUUGAAAGAUAUGCAUACAGCAGACCGGUGAUCCUCAGAGGUCUCACUGAUAACACGAAAUUCAGGUCGUUGUGCUCCAAGUCGAGUUUACUAGAAGAAUAUGGCGCCCGGAGAGUUCGGCUCAGUACAGCUAACACUUAUUCUUACAGGAAAGUGGACGUCCCUCUGCAGGAGUAUGUGGACGUGUUACUGAGGCCUCAGUCUGUGGACACUCUCGGCAGCGACACGCUGUACUUUUUUGGAGACAACAACUUUACAGAGUGGCACGGUUUGUUCGACGUGUAUGAGUCUCCUUCGUACGUCCUGCCUCACACCAGCGGAGCGUACAGCUUUGGGAUUGCAGGUGCAGGAACAGGAGUCCCCUUUCACUGGCACGGUCCUGGUUACUCUGAAGUCAUCUAUGGAAGAAAGCGUUGGUUCCUCUACCCGCCUGACAAGGAGCCCCAUUUCCACCCAAACCACACCACCCUGUCCUGGGUGACGGAGACCUACCCCAACCUGCCCGAGGAGGAGGCUCCGCUGGAGUGCACCAUCAGACCUGGAGAGGUGCUGUAUUUCCCCGACCGCUGGUGGCAUGCAACACUCAACCUGGACACCAGCGUUUUCAUCUCCACCUUCCUCGGCUGAGCUCCAUCGCCAGUAUUUUUUAAUCAAAGGAAAUCAUCUCAUCUGUUUUUUCAGUCUGUCACAGGGAUCCAAAAACAAAGAGUGGAUAUUAUGUAUAUCUGAUAUUUUCAGGUGAUGAACUGUGACUUCUGGGGUCAUAUUUUAGUCUGAAGCAUCGCACUUACAUUCCAGGUGAAUCUUUUUUCUUAAUCUUUGAAUUAAGCCAUGCUUUCUAAUAAUGAAACAAUAAAAAAGUGUUUUAAUGACCGAAGGAGCUAAGGAGCGGCGAUAAUCUGCAAAUUUUCACACACAGCGGUGAGUUACAUUCCUGUCACCUGUCAAUGAAAAUACAUGAGAAUUAUGUCAUUAUUAUUUUUUCUUAAGUCAGUUGAACUUUGUUGAAUUAAUAAAGCACAAAACAUGUGAUCCAAUCAGUGUCUUUUCCAGAAUAAAGAUGUUUGUAUUUAA